CGAGCAACAGUAGAAGGCUUUUGAACCCAAAAUGAGAUGAAGUUCACGAAACAGUCAGCUGAAACUCUGUCACCACGAUCGGAGUUGGGAUCGUCACUGCGGUUCCCAAUUUCGGACGUGGAGUAAUCCUCGUGCCUAUGGCAUCCGAUCUAACUGCGGUUGCUCGAGCUUCGAGGAGCGGACGAAGUGUUGUUGGUGGAAUGUACGAGCCAGCCAGUGCCCAGUCGGCCAAUGGACUGGAACCAAGUCCAUCAGUUUCCACUGCUGUGCUGUGAUGUGUGAGAAACAAUCGCAGAUGUUGCGAGCCUGCGCACAUUGCUCGUGACAAUGGAGUUAUUCUGGACGUAAGUUUCAUGAACGAGUUUGAAUGUGAGCCAUUGUCACAAUGUGCUAAGCGUCGACUGUUUUCUCGUUAGGGUUCCGCCUGGAUUCGAAAGUCGAGCAUGGGUGCUGACAGAUCGGAUCAUUUCUGUCACCGGCUGCAGUCUCUGGCUGCUCUCCGUGUCCCCUGACAUGGCGACGCAGCCCAUGGAUCCAGCGACAAUUCAUCCCCUCAAAGACAUUCAUUGUAAACAACUGGUUACACCUGUAAGACGAGCAGGAGCCCGUCGACAAUGGCGCUAUUUGUCUGAGUGAGUGAAAUCAUGGAGUGAUUCUAUGAUGACGUCCUAAAGACAUGGCAUUUUUCGUUCACCACGGCGGGUGAGGGUCGGAGUCGGCUGACAUGUUGUUGGUCACAUUGUUGCAUCAUCAGAUGUGAAUGAGUCGAGCGCAAGCUCGUUCAUGUGACAAUGAGCCGCAGAGCGUGGACCUUCUCCACAACUCAUUACAUGAAGGCAGGUGGAAAGGGGUUGCGCCAUGGUGGAUGGUUUUUGCCUCACGCACUUCUUCGUCGCCCUUCAUGGGGAUCUAUUGCUGCGGCUUGUUUGUCUGUCAUACAAAGAAGUGCAAAUCCUUCUCGAGAUGAUUGUAGCGAGCCAAUCUCAGGACAGUCAGCGUUUUGUGCUUCGGCCCAUCCUGGUGGAGAUACUGGCCCUUACACGCACAGAUGCAAUUCCAGCGCUCGUGUUCCAUCAUCGCCCCUGACUCAUCCCUACCCUUGGGCCUCCUCGAACUAUUGUCUCCUAAAGAACGAGCCCAGAAGGAUUUUUCACGUGCAUUCAAGAGCUCUCGGAUCAGCCGAAGAAGGUCUCUCAAAAUCUGACGAUGUCAGUGACGAUGGGAGUGAUGAUGGAUCCGAAAGUGGUGAAAUUUGUGUGAGUAGCAGUAGCUCAGACUGCAAUGUUGCUGCGCAAGAGGCUGUAUCCUGCUAUUUACAGAAGCAGAAGGGACUGGCAGCCAGGGACGCACAUUUUAUCAGUAGACAUUGUCCUGUAUUUUUGGAGAAAAUCGUCCAGGCCAUGGGCAGAGGUGCAGAUGUCGGACAGAUGGUGGUGGAGCAGUGGUUGGAGAAGAACGGAGUGAAUGAAUUGGAGCCAUUCUUCGAAAGCAUUGGGAUGAGUCCUGACAAGCUGGACGAUGUCCUUUCUCUGGUCCAAGUUUCUCUUGUUGGAGAGCAAGGUCUUUUGAAGAGCACGGAAGUUUUGGAGAGCCUUGGGAUUUCGAGGCACGGCCUCUGGGACGUACUGGAGCGUAACAAGCAGCUACUGACGUUGACUGCUGCGGAGAUGCAAGCGAUUGUGGACUUUUUGGAGGGAUUGGGAGUGAAGCGCAAGGAUAUGGUAGGACUUAUCGAGAAUUCGUUCUUCGUUACAGAAAAUCUGGCAACUCUGCAGCACCUGGAGCAGAUUGGGAUACAGAAGCACGUCAUAGCUGAGAUUCUGAAAACCGAUCCCCACGUGGCUGCCAUCGACAUGCCGGUUGGCAACUUCAGGGAAAGAAUGGAUUUUCUUCUUGCCUGUGGUUUAUCCGAGUCCGAAGUCGAGCAGAGUUUGAAGCUGUUCCCGCAGCUGUUACAUCUGAGGUUAGAAAAUUUGAAACGCAAAAUACAGUUUUUUGACAGCAUAGGAUUGGAGCGAGAGAAGAUGGCUAAAAUUAUAGCUCGCUGGCCCUUAGUUUUCCGCCAGAGUGUGGAGAAGAAACUGAGGCCGAAAAUCGAGAUGUUGCAGAGCCUUGGAGUAGGAAGAGCAGGCAUAGCCAAGAUUCUAACAAGAUACCCUGAGAUCACGGCCGUGAGUCUGGAAGAUAAUCUGAAGCAGAAAGUAGCCUUUUUCGAGGCCAACGGGUUGACAGGCAGGAGGCUUGUGAAAUUGAUGACUUCGCAUCCUCGAGCUUUGACUCUCAGUGUAAAUGACCUUAACAAGAAGCUGGACUUCUUCAAGCAGAAGGGAUUUGCUCCUGGUUCGGUGGAGAUGGUCAGGGCACUGGGGGCUUGUAUAACAAUUAGUGUAGCAUCUCUGGAAGCACGGUUUCUCAAUCUAGAAUCGCUGGGUUUCAGUCUGGAGGAAAGCAGAGAAGUUGUGAAGCAACAACCUGCCAUACUCACUGUGAGCGAGAAGUGCAUCCAAGACAAGGUUCAUUAUCUGGUUAACCACAUGAACCGCUUUGUCACGGAGAUUGUCAGAUGCCCUUCUUAUUUGCUCUACAGCCUUGAGUUGAGAAUCAAACCUCGACACCGGGUGCUAUCAUUGCUGAAAGCCAAAGGCUUAGUGCGAGAAGAAGCAUACUCAUUGAACACCAUCAUGAUCAUGUCAGAGAAGAGGUUUGUCGAGAGGUUUGUCGAUCAGUACCCCGUGGUUGCCACCGCUUACAAAGGUGCUGCGAUUGAUACUAUGAAGCUGAAAAAGACGUAUUAAAAUGUUCGCAAGGCAUUUGAAGACAUGAUCAUUUCGCAAGGUGCUCUGUUAUCGAGAGGUAAUGAAAGCUUCCUUUAUCACGCGGUUGCUCUGCUGUUGUGUUACGCUGAAUCGAGUAAGCGAGGCUAUGCAAAUAUGGGACGACGAGAUGGCAGUAUUCGCUGAGUGUUUAGAAUGGGAUAGAAGGCUAAUCUUGUCAAGUCACCAUGGCACCACUCCAGUAUCGUGCCAUUUGAAUGUGGGCUUAGGGUAGUUGCACGUUUGAAGUGACAUUGGAAUAAUAUCACCGAGCAUGUUACUUAGAGAAAUACCGUUUGACACUACUGAUGAUAGGAGUCUGUAUGAAACGGGGCCUUUUACGUUGACACCUCGUAUGUUCACAGUUUCGCGUGAGCAUAUACAGCAGUUUGUCAGUAGCUCAUCAUUAUUUACAUCAGCCUUUGAGAAUCACAAGAGCACUGAGUUCGUACCUGAAUCAAAAUGAUCUCACUGGCUCAUUCUUCCAAGCCUUGGAACUGUCCAUCGACAGAUCAACAAUUAAUGGCUGUCGAAGAAGCUGAAUCAACUGACCUUGUCGAACACUUCAAAUCCACCAUAAACCUGACAUGUAGAAUAUUGGUCCACCUGUCGGUGUGUUCAGGUUUUGCCGCACGUUCUACAAAAUCAAAAGUCUGGGAGGAGUUUUCCACCUAUUUUCUCCCAUCUACUGAUCUCUUGGUGUCCAGCAUUUUAUCUCAUUCUGUGUGUGAACGUCAGUUUUUUAUCAUUGUUUUUUACGUGAGUCUUGAUGAUUGUUUUUAAGUUCAGAGGACAGAUGUGCUCGGUGAUAAAUAUAUUCUGCAUUUCGGCCUUGAAGCAACUAACUUUUCCCUCAUGAACAUCCGUCCGAUAAACUUACGCACGUCAGUAGCUAGCCGGACUGUGAUCUCGUUAUGAUAUCAGCAUAUCAGCGUUGGAGAUCUCCAGCUAUGUCUCCAUUGUCAUAGUAAGAUCUCGUAUAUAGAAUGGUACUGGAAUCACUCAACCAAUGAAGAAUUGCAUGCCAAC